AGAGCGCGUCAUUUCCGGUGGGGAAGGCCCGCGGCCGCCGCCGCCAUUUCGGGCGCUGCUGUGAGGCUGAUACCGGAGCCGGUCCGCUGGGCGGCGGGCGCCAGGGCUGGAGGGGUGCGGGUGGCGGCGGCGGCCCAGCGUGAAGGCGCGGAGGCGGCCAUGGCGGGCAACUUCGACUCGGAGGAGCGGAGUAGCUGGUACUGGGGCCGCUUGAGCCGGCAGGAGGCGGUGGCGCUAUUGCAGGGCCAGCGGCAUGGGGUGUUCCUGGUGCGGGACUCGAGCACCAGCCCCGGGGACUAUGUGCUUAGCGUCUCCGAGAACUCGCGAGUCUCCCACUACAUCAUCAACAGCAGCGGCCCGCGCCCGCCAGUGCCACCGUCGCCCGCUCAGCCUCCGCCGGGAGUGAAUCCCUCCAGGCUCCGAAUAGGAGAUCAAGAAUUUGAUUCAUUGCCUGCUUUACUGGAAUUCUACAAAAUACACUAUUUGGACACUACAACAUUGAUAGAACCAGUUUCCCGAUCCAGGCAGGGUAGUGGAGUGAUUCUCAGGCAGGAGGAGGCAGAGUAUGUGCGAGCCCUCUUUGACUUUAAUGGGAAUGAUGAAGAAGAUCUUCCCUUUAAGAAAGGAGACAUCCUGAGAAUCCGGGAUAAACCUGAAGAGCAGUGGUGGAAUGCAGAGGACAGCGAAGGAAAGAGGGGGAUGAUUCCAGUCCCUUACGUGGAGAAGUAUAGACCUGCCUCCGCCUCAGUAUCGGCUCUGAUUGGAGGUAACCAGGAGGGUUCCCACCCACAGCCACUGGGUGGGCCGGAGCCUGGGCCCUAUGCCCAACCCAGCGUCAACACUCCGCUCCCUAACCUCCAGAAUGGGCCCAUUUAUGCCAGGGUUAUCCAGAAGCGAGUCCCUAAUGCCUACGACAAGACAGCCUUGGCUUUGGAGGUCGGUGAGCUGGUAAAGGUUACGAAGAUUAAUGUGAGUGGUCAGUGGGAAGGGGAGUGUAAUGGCAAACGAGGUCACUUCCCAUUCACACAUGUCCGUCUGCUGGAUCAACAGAAUCCCGAUGAGGACUUCAGCUGAGUAUAGCUCAACAGUUUUGCUGACAGAUGGGAACAAUCUUUUUUCCCCCCAGUUCCAUCUAUACAAUUUUCUUACAGGUGUCAAAAGCAGUCUAGUUUAUGUAAGCGUUCUGUUGCCUGUGAUCUUUUAAAGACUGAAUUACUCCAUUCCUACUCUUAUUUACCAUAUUCAGGGUACGAAACUGGAGGGCUUGUGUGGUAAACUUCUGAAUUGGCAAAGCUAGGUGGUAGUGGCCAUGCCUGUAUGAGAAGGGGUAAGUGUCUCUAUUCUCUUGGGCAAUGCAUAUCAACCUGUGGAAAACUGAUGAACAGGAAAAGAAUGUUACACACUGCUUACCCUGAUUUAUCCAUUGGUUCUGUUUUCAUUCUGAAACCAUGCUACCAAGUGGCAGUAGACUGUUCCUUUCCACCCCAAUGAAGUAAUUAUGCACUGUGUGAAUACUCAGUGGGAUUUCGUUUUCAUUUAUGGAACAUGACCAUUGUAUGACUCAUUCUGACAUUUCAAAUCCUGAGGAUUCUGAGAACACUACUAGAGGCAUUUGUCUUCCUUCCCAGUCAAUGCUUCAUAUUUUUUCUUGGAUUCUUUCCUUGUCAUUCUCUCCCCCUAGACCUAGAGGUGAGUUGAUUCUUAGGAUGGUGUAUAUUUUCAUUCCAGAUGAGAAGCAGGAUGUUCAGAGCACUUUAUUCAGUGCAUAGCUUUAAGCCAGUAUUGGAUUCACUCAGUGGACAAACUCCCAGCUCUCUGCCUUCCCCCAAGAGGGCAUAGUAGGUUCACACUGCUACUACAGCUAAAGAGACUCCUGACUGAUGGGAUGGAUCCAGCAGGGCCAUUUCUCCUGAUUGCUAGUAUCCUAAAUGAGAGACUUGGAAUUCUCAGAUUCUACUUGGGGUGGAAGGACCAAUCACUUACUGUAUUCUAUAGGUCUCAAGGGCCAAAUUCCGCCCUCUGCAUCAUGUACAACUUGUAUAAAAGGCAGGUUAGAAAUUAUGUAAGUUUGGGGUAGGGUUAGUUCUUUGGAAAAUGUGUGAGCCAAUCAUAAGUUACUUAUGUAUUACUCAUUUUACAUGGCCAAAAUAGUGCUUGAAGUACAUUACAUUAUAAACUGCCUUCAUUUGGGUUUUUCUUUGAUACAGAUUUAGUUUACACACCCUUUUAAGUAUAGAAUGGUUUAUACGGGGUCAGGUGCUCCAAAGAAUAGACCUUUGAGACCAAAAACUCUCUAGGCUUUCUUUAGACUAUAACAUGAAACUUCCAGUUAGUUCCCAGUUGCUAAAGGCACUUACUGGUCUCUGGUGUGGGUGUGACCAGUAGAAACACUUUAUACUUUGCUUUGGACCUCAUUUUAGAAAAAUUAUGAUCUUUCUAAUUGUCCUGCAUAGAUUGAUACGAUGAAUUUUCAUUCUUUAGACAUAUACCAAAUCAUGGUAUUGCAGUGACUAGCACAUUGCUUAGCACACAAUCAAUGUGCAGAUGUUUUGUGUGCGGGAAUGAGAAGAGCACAAAAGCUUGUCUAUGUGGUCUAGGGAAGCCACCUGGCACAGGGUUAUAUACAACACCACAACUAAUAUGUUGACUCUAAUUUCAUAUAUCUUUACCUCACUCUAAGGUAAUGCUUGAUAAAAACAUUAAUACUCAACUCUGAAAAUGUUAGCACAGUGCUAAGCACACAGCGGGUGCUCAAUAAUGUUGAAUGAACAGACUUGCAAUACUCGACAUAAUUCCAUCUGACUGCUUUGUUAAAUUUUCAGUUAGUAUGGAUAAUGUAAAAUCCAGAUGCACAUUAAAUCUUGUUUUGCUGGACUUAAUGGCAUCUAAAUAUUUGUAGAUGAUCCUUGUCACAACUGAUUUGAAUGUUUGUAUUUUCUUUUCCCUUUGAUACUGGCUUAUAAUGUCUCCUCAUCAUGUGUACUAUUAGUGUAAUAUACAACUCUACCCGAAUCUUAAGAAUUCCUCAGUGAUUAAUUGUCCAGAGCCAUUACAUGAACUGUUGGGUUGGAUUUGGCUGGGUGUAGCAGUUUUUGGACCUCAAGAAAUCAAAGGACUUCUUACAGAUAUCUUCCAAAAAACACAAAUACUAGAAUCCUAGUCAAAUGCAUAUGUACAUUGUCACAGAGCAAGGUAAACUGAAAUUGGCUGCUAUAUUUUAUAUAAUCAUUUCUGCAAAUGCCCAUUUUGGAUACUAAUAUUUGACAUGGUUAAUUCUUAUUAAUUUGUUGGAAUUGUUUAUUAUUAAUGCAAACAGAUCAUUUUAAUUUUCCACAAGUAACAUUUCACUAUUAAUGGUUUGAAAUGGAUGAUAGCAAACCAAUUUGAAAUAAAAUAUGAACAUGUGCCAUUGUAUUAUAACACUAUACACUUUCUUGACAGUUAAAUUUUUAAAAAAUGUUUUUUUGUAGCAUGUAUUGUAUAUGUUUAUAGUAUAUGUAGUAAAUAAAAAUAUGGCCAAAUA